UAUAUAUAUAUAUAUACAAUACACGCACACAUAAAGGACAGAGUGAAAAAGAAGGGUUGGGUGUACAUUAGGAAUAAUUCUCGAUUGUGCGUGAAGUCUAAUCGCGAAAAUGGAUUUUAACAUGAAGAAAUUGGUGAAGGAUGCGGGAGCCGCCCUUAGUAGAGUCGUACAGUUAACGGAGGAAACACUGGGUACUUCAGAAAAGACAGAAUUGGAUGCACAUUUGGAACAUCUAGCCGAGAGAGCAAAUGCCACCAAAACAUGGACGGAAAAGAUACUACGGAAUAUGGAAGCUGUGCUUACUCCAAAUCCUGGCAACAGGAUCGAAGACUUUUUUUUUGAAAAAAUUGAUAAGAAAAGACCUAAUCGGUUGAGCAAUUUGGAAUAUGUAGGCACUGAUAUGAUAGAAGCUGGGAAUGAUUUUGGCCCAGGAAUAGCUUAUGGUAGUGCAUUAAUCAAAGUUGGCCAGUGUCAGCAGAAAUUGGGACAAAUUGAAAGAGAUUUUAUAGGAACCGCUGCCAAUUGUUACAUACAGCCUUUGAGAAAAUUCUUAGAUGGAGAGAUGAAGACUGUUAGCAAAGAGAUGGCAAUAUUGGAAACUAAAAGGCUGGAUCUGGAUGCGUGUAAAAGUAGAGUAAGGAAAGCAAGGAGUAUGCUUGGUCAACAGAGUGAGUCUGGCGUAUCACCCGAAGUGUUGCUUGAUCAGGCAGAGAGGGAGCUAAGGGUAGCGCAGUCGGAGUUUGAUCGGCAAGCAGAGAUCGUGAAACUGUUGUUGGAGGGUGUCUCGAGUUCACAAGCCGGACAUCUACGAUGUUUGCACGAGUUUGUGGAGGCGCAAGCUCGCCAUUACGCGCAGUGUCACGCCGUCAUGCAGGAUCUGCAGCGCGAGCUUGCCGGGGCACGUCAACCGAGCCCUUUGCUGAGAGUCAACAGCGAAGAAGUGAUCGAGUUAACUCCCUCGCCCACCCUCCCUGUAAAUUCAUCUAUCUGCCCUCAAAAUUCAUCUAUAACAACCGGAUCUACCGCUUAUGUUACCGCCACGUUCGACACUGAUAAUACUAAAGUUUAAUUUACCCCAUCGAGGGAUCGUUCACGGAUUGUUACAAAUUCUGAAUCUAUACCUAUUAACAGAUCUAUUAUGUUAGUUGUUAUACAAUUUUCUCUUUUUCUAAUAGCGAUGUUUAUUGAAAUUAAUCUACGUACGCGCGCUCUUAAGUUUAAACACGAGCUUAAUUCGAUUGUCGCUUAAUCGUUGCAAACUUGUCGUCGAAUAGACACUCUAUAAUUUUGUAUAAUUAUAUAUGCAAUAAUUGUACAUAUUUAGACAAAAUAUUUCUCUUGAUAAAUUUCCUUGUCAAUGAUGUACGGCGAUCUACAAUCUUAUCUCUUUUUCCAUUUCUAAUAUCGUCCUUUGAAAGCAAUUACUUUUUACGUCGCCGUAAUUCCAUCGAGAAUAGUUAUAAUGGUAUCAAGGAAAAACUAAUCCUCGGUGCUGUAAUAAUGCCAUGUAACUAAACAGUGACAUAAUUGUAGAUAGGUAUAUAUGUAUAUCAUGCUUUUCUUGUUGGUCCAAGAUAUAACAAUGUUCAAUCUAUGUUAUAUUAAGAGAUUAAAUUUUUAUUUAUCUCAUAUUUGACAUUAAAAAUAUAUUAUAACAGUAAUGCAUGUAAUCCUGGUAGAAUUAUGUAAAAAUACACAUGCUCGCAAAAACAGACUAAUUUGUUGAGUAAGAAACAUAAUACAAAAUUCAAUCUCCUUAAACGCAUGCAUAUUGAUUUAAUUCAGCACAAUCAAACACUUAUAAUUAUUUUGCUCGCUGCUGAAUAACAACUGUAGAACUUGAUGAUGUGAGUGUGCCUGUUCUCUAAAAACAUCAAUUUGUGUUUGGUUGUAAAAUAUAAACAUAUUUAAUGCGUACUCAGUUAUAGAUAUAACAUAUCUUUCAUAGCUCGAUGUAAACCAUCUUUUGUGUAAAUAUGUGUCGAAAAAUACAUAUCACUCACUUUGAUCAAAAUUUAUUGCAUUGUGUUAUGUAUAAUUUAUGAUAUCAGAGCAAAGUAUUGAUCAAAAUGAAGUUAAAGUUCGAUUAAAGUGAUACAUUUGCGGUAUAUGGUAGUGUAUGAUUCUCAUCAAAACUCUUAUAUUUGAGUUCCCCCAUACAUGAGUUUAUUAAAGAUAAAUGCGCACCAUAUUCAUUUAUCAUUUAUCCUACCCAGCUUAUCUGGGGGUCCCUAUUAUACCACCCCACCAGCCACUACCAAUGCACUAUCCGAGAACGAUCAGGACAGAGCGAGAGUAUUGUGCAAUUACGACGCGAGGGAUCCUAGUGAGCUGAGCGUUAUGCAGGACGAGGUAACGAAAUUUGUGAUUUAGGCGGCAUGUGUUUGACGAUAUAAUCGAGCGAAAGGCAUGAAUUUCUAUUUGAAUUAAGUUAUGGUAUUGUAAGAUUACUUAGUAUUAUAUAAUGUUUUUUUUUUAUCGAGUUCUGUAUAAAUCAAUACUUUAGAGAAUUUUUUCUUUUUGUAUCUCUCUUUCUUCAGGCUUCUGUAUAAAAUUUAGUUUUAAGUUUAAAUCUUUCGGGUUUAUCGUCAAUUUUCGACAUAGAUUCGAAAAAUCUACCCCGAAAGCAUUAAGAUGUCUGAAAUGUUACAUUUCUUGAUACACAUUAGACUUAAGUACUUUACAAGUUUUAAAAAUCGAGAUGUGCUCAUAUUUAUAUAAAUCUUUAAGAGCUCUCUGUUGAUACUAACAAUAUUAUAUUGAAACAUUUAUUCUCAUAUGUAAUAAAUUGUUAAUUUACAAAAUUAUACAUAUUCUGGAUAUAGAUAUACCAAUGUUUCUUGAAAAAAAUUCUAAAAAACAUUUAUUACUUGUUAUAUUACACACAUGUGUCAGAGAUAAAAAAACAAGUAGCGAGAAAUUUUAAAGAUUAUGAUACUCAUACAAAUUAGUUUGAAUGUAAAAGCAAUUAGAAGGAACAAUUUUUUAUAAAUAAACACAUGCUAUGUAAUGUAGAAAGUAAGGAUAGUAAUAUUCAUAAUAAUGCAAUUAUAAUGACAUAAACAUAUCGUUUUGCGAAGUUUUGAGUAAAUAAAUAUAUGCGACUUGUUUUAAAAAAAUAAUAUUUAUCUUAUAUACAAAUUGUACAACAUGAUCCGAAAUAUUAAUUAUCUUGAUUAAAGAAGUUUAUAUAUUUAUCUCUAUAAAAUGAUCCAUUAUACUCACACUCUACUUAUAUGUAUACGUAUUGUACUAUUUAUGCAUGAUAAAAAAUGUGUUGUAUAUCUUAAUUUUUAAUUUGUUUGGAUUUAUAUGCGCAUCAGUUUUUUUUAUUCAUUUUUUAAUCAAUGUAUCGUUAACGUUUAUAUAUUACACUCUUUACCCGCAUCUAGAUUUGUAAGAUAACAUAAAUAUGAAAUAUAUUCAGUUCGGACGGUUAAAAUGAACGAAUUAUUGUAUAUUUAUUCGAAUUGUGCAUGUAUGUAUCAAUAAAUGUUUACUUUGUUAAGAG